CUUUUAACUGUUUAUCAAAAUGCUAGAAUGAAUUCUUCUGGUGGAUGUGUAACUAAAGACAAUAUUAAAGGUGAUGAAUCAAUUCCGCAUGUAAUUGAUUUGUCUGCUUCUGAUUCGCAUUUAUCAAAACGUGUAAAGAUAGUAAAUAAAGUUGAUAAUUCUAGAUUAGUUGACUUAAAUAAUGUUGAUGAGUAUGUGAUGGAUAUAUUGAAUUAUAAUGAUGAAUGUAAGAGAAAGGUUUGUAGUUGUGAAAAGGUGAAUAAAGGAAAGUCUAGUUCUUCUAUAGUGCAUAAUACAAGAAGUCAAGCCAGGAUGCUUAAAAAUGUAAACGAUAAUGAUGAUUAUUAG